GCUAGCUCCUCGGCUAGCUUCAGAGGAGGGGGUGGGGGUGGUCGGUGUAGCGCUUUUCAAUGCUUGUUUUCAAUGCUGCUCUCAACACACACAUGUUUGCUGUCAGCAACCCUGACAUACCUCGAUCCCUCGUGUAGUUUUAAUGUGAAGGAAACGAGCGUGACUUCUCUAAACCGGCUCACAAUGAUACGGCAACAUUGCGGCGCUUUAGCAGUUAGCCGUUGGUACUGCGUUCGCUAACGUAAGCUAACACAAGGAGCCGUCGGUGUAGCUGCGACUUAACGCUGCUUUUACCGGCUCCAUAAACCCUUAAUAGUUUGUUAUGUGUCACAUUAUAGGGGUGCUCGUAUAUGUGUUAAUUUAGGAGCCCGAAGCUCUGAAGUUCUGGUCGCAUAAGCUGCUGUUAUUAGCGAAUGCACUGUCAUCAAGAAGAAAGUCUGAGGCCUCAGACCAUGAACCAAAUCACUAAGUUAGCUAGCUGGCAGGCCACUAGCUCGCUUAAGGGUUAAGUUACUGUAUGUUUUAACUGUAAACCACAUGGGGAGGGCAACUUCGGCUCUCCCCAUUCUUCACGUAAUUCUAGUUGUAGCAGGCCAUCCUGUUUUAAUCGCCUCAGAAGUUGGUGCGGUGGUAACACCCAGAGGUAGUGCUGAAGUAACUUGCGUUAUCUUGAAUAAAGUAUGUCAGGACAAUACAGGUAACGUGAGGCCACUUAGUAACCGUGUAGAUGUCCCCUAGUGGUCAGGCUAGCCUUUUGAGGUGAGUACAUGACAAAUCCGUGGAAGACGGCGCAGUUUAAUUUGAAUUUUUUUUUUUAAAUGGUCUGUUUCUGUUUUGGUCAGCCUCUGCAAAACAUGUUGUUGUUGUGCAACAAACCUUUAAUCUUCAAGUACAGGUGCACGUUGCCAGGUGAUGUGUUUAUUCAGCCACGAGUUUGGUCAAUACAUGUGGAGAUCUUCUUUUGCUUUUCGUUGCAAGGCAUCAGAUCAGUCUCAACAAAGGACCAUCACAAUAUUUGCCCAAAUAAGGUCCCCCCCCCCCCUUCAACGGACAUUUCAGUGAGUUUAAUUGUAACUGAUGUUUUAUAGAAAAUAACUGGUUGUGUCCUCAGAGCCAGUGAUUGAAUAGUUCUUCACUUUAAUCACGCAGUAAAGAGUGGACAAGUAUAUACUAUUUGAUAUGAUGAAGAAUUGUGAAAAGUAAAGUGAUAUUUGGAGAAUACAGACAUGGCUGAAACUAUGUCUGCUACCUUGGUUGGUUUAUUUUCUCUUUAGAAUUGGUUCAUUGUAGAUCUAGGUAAAUAUAAAAAGCAACAUGCCUGAACAUGACUCGACAGCUCUAUAAAUAAGUAACAAUAGCUGUAAUGAAAACGGCUUUCAGAUGCUUAUUGCCUGCGACAUGCCUUUGAGACCCUGCAUGUGAAGUUCUCUGGAAUGCUAGAGUUCUUCGUUGCUGGCUGGCACUUGUGGGUUGGUGCGACUCCAAAUCACAUGCUCAUGUGUGAGCUGUGAUGCGUGUUUAAAAGGGAACUUUAGAGGAAGACGGUUCAAGUGUUUAAUUUGCUACGACUACGACCUGUGUGCGUCGUGCUACGAGAGCGGAGCCACAACAACAAGACACACCACAGAGCACCCCAUGCAGUGUAUAUUAACCAGGGUAGACUAUGACUUGUAUUAUGGAGGAGACACUUUUUCAGUAGAGCAACCCCAGUCAUUCACAUGUCCUUACUGUGGGAAGAUGGGCUACACAGAGACGUCCCUACAGGAGCAUGUCACUUCAGAACAUGCAGAGACUUCCACAGAGGUGAUCUGUCCAAUAUGUGCUGCCUUGCCAGGAGGGGAUCCCAACCACGUCACAGAUGACUUCACAGCUCACCUCACACUUGAACACAGAGCGCCAAGAGAUUUAGAUGAGUCCAGCAGUGUCCGACAUGUACGCAGGAUGUUCCACCCUGGACGAGGACUGGGGGGUCCCAGAGCGCGACGGACAAAUAUGCACUUUACUAGCGGCUCCACGGGGGGACUCUCAUCCUCCUCAUCACAGAGCUCCACUUACACCCCCAGUAACAGAGAGGCAAUGGACCCAAUUGCAGAGUUGUUAUCUCAGCUGUCAGGCGUGCGGCGUGCGGCCGGGGGCCAAAUAAACUCAUCGGGGCCUUCAGCCUCACAGCUCCAGCAGCUCCAGAUGCAACUGCAGUUGGAGCGGCAGCAGGCUCAGGCAGCGCGGCAGCAGGUGGAGACGGGCCGCCACGCGACACGGCGCAGCAACAACCAAGGCAACUCUGGCAACGCCAUCCCUCCACCCAACACAGCAACUGCCAACACCGCCAGUGUGGGUGAAAACAAUCCCUCAUCCUCAUCCCACAGCUCCCAGUUCUUAUUAGCACGGUUGAAUGACCCUAAGAUGUCCGAAGCGGAGCGGCAGUUUCUAGAAGGAGAGCGCGCAGACCGCAGCCUGUUUGUCCAGGAGCUGCUUUUGUCCACGCUGAUGCACGAGGAGAGCUCUUCUUCUGACGAGGAGGAGCGCCGAGACUUCGCCGACUUCGGAGCCAUGGGCUGCGUGGAUAUCAUGCCUUUAGACGUGGCGUUGGAGAACCUCCAGCUUAGGGAGCGCAGCUUUAUGGGGAAGGGGCCUCCUCCACCGCCUCUUUGAUGUCCGAGCAUCAGACAGACUGUGUCCUCUCUGCUGCACCUGUCAGUGAUGGGCAGACAACAGCAGCAGUCCUCCCCGGCCUCGCCCUCCCCUCUUGUUUUCUGAGUUUGUUUCUGGUGAUUGUAAUUUCAGGCCUGUCACCAUUUUUGUUACAUUGUAAACAAAAAAAUAAAUGAGAGCAAGUGGGAUAAAUGUGCGAGUGCGCAAAAGCAACUGAGUGAGCGAGCGAGAGAAGAGAAAUCUAUAAAUAUAUAUAUAUAUAUAUGAAGUUGAUAAUCAAUCCACAUAACAUUUCUUUUCUUUAUCAGGUAAAUGUUACAGGCAGCUGUGGCAGACCUUUUGCUUCCUGUGACAUGCAAACGGCUCUCCGUAUAAAUACUCCACAUUCAAAAGUCAAGAGGGCGUAGGCUCCUCUGAUGAAGCUGCUGUGUGUGUUUAUGACUAUUAAUAAAUAAAAAGUGCUUGGAUGGGUUA